GAUCUGGAAAAACAAAGAAAAAAAGAGCAAAUUUCCAAAGUCAAGUAAGUCGAGUCUUUAACGAGUCUCAUCAUUCACUCGUCCGUUAAAUUUCAAAAGCCAUCCCCACCCACCCAACUCCACCUUCCAACGACACCGUUUCGAGUCCCGAUAACAUUCUGAUGACCUGAUGGCGAUCACCGACGAAAACUCCUCGUCCGACGGCAAAGUGUGGGGCCUCUUCAAGCUCCCGUUCCGCAACUCCGUCAACUCCAACUCAACGACGUCGUCUUCAUCUCAAUAUCGCCAUCAGAAUCAACAGUUACACAGUCAGAGUAACCGAGGACCUGACGCCGCUAAAAGUCAAACGAGCUCUGUUUCUUCAGUUGCCAGAUCUCUGAUCCCGACACGACGUCGUUUGCGCCUCGAUCCACCUAAUAAACUCUUUUUUCCUUAUGAACCUGGCAAGCAAGUCCGAAGUGCUAUUGGAAUUAAAAAUACAAGCAAAUCUUAUGUAGCUUUUAAGUUCCAAACAACUGCACCGAAAAGCUGUUUCAUGCGUCCUCCAGGGGCUAUUCUUGCCCCUGGCGAGAGUCUUAUAGCUACUGUAUUUAAGUUUGUGGAGACUCCAGAGAACAAUGAGAAGCCAAUGGAUCAGAAGAGCAGGGUGAAGUUUAAGAUCAUGAGCCUGAAGGUGCAAGGACCAAUGGACUAUGUACCUGAACUGUUUGAUGAACAGAAGGAUCAAGUUGCUGUUGAGCAGAUAUUGCGGGUUGUGUUUCUGGAUGUGGAACAUCCUACCCCUGCGCUUGAGAAAUUAAACCGUCAGCUUGCUGAGGCUGAGGCUGCUGUUGAGGCUAGCAAAAAGCCUCCGGAAGACACAGGCCCAAAGAUUAUCGGUGAAGGACUAGUCAUAGAUGAAUGGAAAGAAAGACGGGAAAGAUAUUUGGCUCGACAGCAGGUGGAGGGAGGUGAUUCAGAGUAAAGUGCUUGCUCAUGUUUUCUGAAGUUACUUGAGGUGCCUAUGUCGACGUUGUAUUAUGUAACAUUUCGUUAAGUUUUCUUUUUUUGUUUUCUGGAGAUGUUCAGAGAGGAGUUAAUUUUGUAAUUUUAGGCACCGAUUAUCUUUAUUGUCCAACGCCGAACUUGUAGAUAAUGUAUUUUAAUUUGUUUCCUUUAUCCGGUAUAAGUGAAAAUGUAUAGGUGCUAUGUUGGAAUACAAAUUGCCUCAUUGAAUCA